CGCGCUGGUCGGCCUCUGAGUUUGAGUUCCCCGCAAGCGGUUCCCUCGAUCUGAAUGAAAUCCUUAGCUUUCGAGGAUGAAUUCCGACAUUUCUACGUUUUAACCAUCGAGCGGAAACCCUGCAGGCGCCUGGAGCAAGGCCCCACGCUCGCGUUCUGGUCAGCGCCGCGGAUGUUACCCGUCGUCAGCGUCCCUCACUGAGCCUGGAGGUGGUUAUUGGAAUGGACAGCAAGGGGAGCUCCCUGCCUUCAAUGCCAGAACCAGUCAACCCAAUAGGCAUGAAGCAGCCGCCCGACUCUCUUGGGCUCCGGAAGUGCCGUGUGGAUAUGAGCAGUGAGUCCUCGCUGUUGAUGGACAAAGCUGCUGCCCAACUUGCCGCAACCCUACAAGAUGGAGUCCUCCAGAAGAUGUCCAGCCACAACCAUGAAACACUCAAAGACCUCACCUCUCUUGUCCUGAAUGGAGAUCAGGAUGCGAUCCCCAUGCUGGUGUCACCCGAAGCUCCGAUGCUUAAAGUUGCCUCAAACGGAAGCCAUCAGAUCAACGGCACCGAACACGACACACGCGAACUGAAGGUCGCGAUUCCUCUUGUUGUUAAUGCGCCUCAGUUUGAGCCGUGCUGUGCCAAUGGAACCAGUUUGCCCGAUGCUUUUGAGGCUCCAAAGUCAGUACCUGAGCAGAGGGAGGAUGUGAAGAAGAAAAAAGGGCGACCACUCGGACCCAAGCCUGAGCUGAGCAUCAGUUCCUCUGAUAUUUGUAUGGACUCCCUGGAUGGCACACUAACUGUGAAAACCACUGGCGCUGCUGAUGAGCUUGGCCUCAUCCACGAGCCCACACAAGUGUCUCCCCUAAUGAUCCGGUUUUCCGUCGGUGAUGUGGUGUGGACCAAAGUCUCCGGAUACCCGUGGUGGCCCUGCAUUGUGACAACAGACCCGGAGCAUGACAACCAUAUUAAACAGAAACAAAAAGCUGCCACGAGCAGGUCGGGGCUCCUUUACCACGUCCAGUAUUUCGGCGACGCGCCCGAGAGAGGCUACAUUUUUGAGAAGAACAUUGUGGCUUUUACUGACGAGAACCAAUAUGAGGAGCUGAGCCUGCUCAAUAAACGCUCACUGAACCAUGUUGUCCACAAAAAGACUGCACCGUCAGUGCCUCGCAAACUCCAGGCUCAGUGGAACAUGGGCAUCGUCCAAGCAAAGGAGGCCAUCAGCAUGUCUUUGGAUGAGCGCAUGGCACACUUCAAGUUUCUUUACGACGACGACGGGCCUCAUUUGAAUCCACACAUCCAGGAAAAGCUUGUUAAAAUCGAUGCAACAAACCAAGCAGAAUUACGGAUCAGCCCCGAAUUGUCAACGGCGUCGGCGGCAUCCGUCAGCGAACCCGUGGCAGGAGCCCAGGACAGCACUUCAACGACUCAUGUCGUCAAACGUGGAAAAGCACAUGUAAAUAAAGUGACGCGAAAAAAGACUAAAGACCCGGUGAAAGCGUCACUCAAACAGCUGCAGGACGUCAAGGAUCCAGACUCCACGGCAUCAGAUUUGCUGAGUCAGUCAGUGGUUCCUGCUAAGAAGAGGGCGCGACCCAAGAAGGCUGAAGCAGCCACUAAAUCGGUUAGAAGGAAGAAAUUGGCUUCAGAGGCUGAAGAAUCCACAACCAAAGUGAAGAAGGAGCGUAAGAAGAGCAUCAAAAGGCCCCAGACGAGUGACAAAGAAGAUCUGCCCCCCAAGAAACGGAAAACAAGUAAAAACCAGAGCACCACUGCCAGGGGAACCGAGAAGAAGCAGAGGCGGCGGAAGAGCACAAAUGAAACCACCAAAAUGUCCUCAACUGAUGAUAAAGAAGGCGAGAAACCAAAGUAUCGCAGAAAAAGGAAACUGGAUGGAGAGAGUCAGGUCACAACUUCUAAGGAGAAGAAACAGCGGACGUCGCCUUGCUUGGAGGCUGAGGGUUCUGGAAGCGAAGGUCGUCCGGAUUCUCCCAGUGAAAGUUUGGACGGGAUAAAGAAGGGUGAACGGAGGAAAGAGUUUGUCUGCCAGGUGUGUGAGCAGCCCGGCGAGGGCUUGCUGCCCUGCGAAGGCCAGUGUAGCGGGAUGUUUCAUCUCAGCUGCCUGGGUUUGUCCCUCAAACCAGAAGAGAAGCUGCUGUGUGAGCAGUGCCGCUCGGGUGUUCACUCCUGUUUCACCUGUAAGCAGUCUGAAGGCGAGGUGCGGCGCUGCCACGUCGCUCACUGCGGAAAGUUCUAUCACGAGAGCUGCGUUGGCCUCAGUCCGCUCACGGUCUUCGACAACAAGGGCUUCCGUUGUCCGCUCCACACUUGCCUGAGCUGCCACUUCAGCUCCCAUGCCAAGCACAAGUCCCACAAGGGGAGGUUGAUGCGUUGCCUCCGCUGUCCUGUGGCUUACCAUGUGGGCGACUUGUGUGUGGCAGCAGGCAGUGAGCUGAUCACAAACAGCGCCAUCAUCUGCACAAACCACUUCAAUGCCAAAAAGGGCUACAGCCACCACAGUCAUGUCAACGUCAGCUGGUGCUUUGUCUGCUCCAAAGGGGGCCAGCUGCUCUGCUGCGAGUCUUGCCCAGCUGCCUUCCAUCCCGACUGCUUGAACAUCGCCAUGCCCGACGGGAGCUGGUUCUGCAACGACUGCCGGGCCGGAAAGAAACCCAAAUACCAUGACAUCAUUUGGGUUAAAUUGGGGAAGUAUCGGUGGUGGCCUGCCGAGAUCCAUCACCCCAGGACCGUCCCCACCAACAUUCAGCAUCUUCGGCACGAAAUCGGCGAGUUCCCGGUCUUUUUCUUCGGUUCCAAAGAUUAUUUCUGGACUCACCAGGGGCGAGUGUUUCCGUACAUGGAGGGCGACCGGGGCAGCAAGUACCAGAGGUCCGGGAUUUGGAAAGUCUUCAAGAACGCCCUGUUGGAAGCUGAAGCUCGAUUCAGUGAUAUCAAAAUGAAGAGGGAAGCCAAGGAGGCACAGGCGAACAACAGGAAACCUCCUCCGUACAAGUUCAUCAAGGUCAACAAGCCAGUGGGAAGAGUUCAGGUCUACACGGCCGACGUUUCCGAGAUUCCCAAGUGUAACUGCAAGCCCUCGGACGAGCGGCCAUGCGGGUUCGAGUCCGAGUGCUUGAACCGCAUGCUGCUGUACGAGUGUCACCCUCAGGUCUGUCCCAGCGGCGAGCGCUGCUGCAACCAGGACUUCACCAAGCGCCUCUACCCGGAGACCAAAAUCAUCAAGACUCCCGGGAAGGGCUGGGGCUUGAUCUCGCUGCGGGACAUCAAGAAGGGGGAGUUUGUGAACGAGUACAUCGGCGAGCUGAUCGACGAGGACGAAUGCAGAGCCAGGAUCAAACACGCGCACGAGAACAACAUCACAGACUUCUACAUGCUCACCAUCGAUAAGGAUCGAAUUAUCGACGCCGGCCCCAAAGGAAACUUCUCCCGCUUCAUGAAUCACAGCUGUCAGCCCAACUGCGAGACACAAAAGUGGACGGUCAACGGAGACACGCGGGUCGGGCUGUUCGCUGUGUGCGACAUCCCAGCAGGUACUGAGCUGACCUUCAACUACAACCUGGACUGUCUGGGCAAUGAGAAGACGGUCUGCAGGUGCGGCGCCCCAAACUGCAGUGGGUUUCUUGGCGAUCGUCCAAAGAAUGGCCAAGCAGCCGAGCCCAAAGGGAAGCGAGGCAAGCGCAAGCUGAAGAGGCGGCGAGCGGAAGGGAAGAAGUCAGACGACGAGUGUUUCCGCUGCGGCGACGGAGGGCAGCUGGUUAUCUGCGGCAAAAAGACCUGCACCAAAGCAUAUCAUCUGUCCUGCCUUAACCUGUCCAAGAGGCCCUUUGGCCGCUGGGACUGUCCGUGGCAUCACUGUGACGUCUGCGGGAAAAACUCCGAGGCCUUUUGCCAGCUGUGCCCCAACUCCUUCUGUAAGAUUCACCAGGAGGGGGCGCUGCAUCCCUGGACGGCGACUGGACAGUUGUGCUGCCAAGAGCAUGAGGAGAUGGAGGUAGCAGAGAAGCCGAAUCAGGCGGCUGAGGUCGACACACAGGUGGCCAGCAGCAGCAGCAGCAGCCGUGCUCCCAAAGCAUCCAAGAAGCCGAGAGAGCCCAAAACUAAGAACUCCAAGAGGAAGACAGCAGAAGCAUGAGGUGUGACUGUCGACCCUUAUGAGGGUCAGAAGACCAAAUGAGACUCGGCUGUUUAAAAAAAAAAAAAAUCCUUGCUCCAAGAUGACAACGUGAAUCACUGCACAUCGCUAAUCUCACAGUGCCAAUUUUUGACUUUCAGGAUGUCUUCUGUUUUAAUCAUCAGUCUUGUGAAGCAAGUGUGCAUGACGUUCAGGACAAAGUUAAAUUAUAAUUUGUGUUGACAGGUUUUGUUCCAUAAACACCGGUUUGUUGCAUUUUUUGUUUGUUUUUUUUUAUCAAAUCUUUACCGGCAGCUCAAGUUUGAGAUCCCUUAUUAUUUUUCAGAUCCGAUAUCGACACAUCAGAAGAUUCUCAGUGGAACAGCGAGUCCUGAGAGUAUAUUUCCGUUUAACAAUCUUUAUCCUAACUUUGACUUACGGUGAGCGAAUGUAGUGGAGUUAUUUUCAAGCACUGUUGUAUCACGUAGAGCCUGCGGCGCUUAGCUUCGUCAUGUAACUACUGUCCUAGUAAACCAGACUAAUAUGUACAUACUGUAUAAGUGCUCAUAGUGAUGCAUCUAUUGUAAAUAGACGAUGAUGAUGCGGUUGGUUGUCUUUAUCAUGCAGUGCUGAAACACUUUUGCUGCAGGAUUUCAUGUCUGGUGAAUCGUGCAAUAAAAAGUGAUCAAACUUGCAUCAAGAGUCA